AUGCGGCGUUUCCCGCUGUGGAUUAUCACUGUGAUCUUGGGGAUCAUUUCGGUUAUUUCGGCCGAACACACCGAACUUCUGGCCAAGGGACGCGUGAGUUGUCGCGGGAGCGAGAGUCUUCAUGGCAAACGAGAGAUUGUAAGUCCGUUUUGAUUCGAUAUAUCGAGUAUUUUUUUCGAAAAAAGUGAUUUUGAUCUCCUAAAAUACGGUUUUUAUUUAUUUCCAUUAGUUUAUUGACCGCUUUUUGAAAGUUGAACAGAAUGCCAAAAAUGGCGGGAAUUUUGAAUUUUCAAGUCUCAAGUUGCAAUAUUAGACAUUUUAAUAAAGCAUAUGGCAUUUAUACAACGUGAUUUUGUUAGUGUGUACGUUUUUCGACCGAUUUUUGAAAGUUGAACAGAAUGCCAAAAAUGGCGGGAAUUAUGAAUUUUGAAGUUUCAAAUUGCAAUGUGAAGCAUUUUAGUAAGUAUAUAGCCUUUAAACGACGUGAUUUUGUUAGUUUAUACGUUUCUCGACCGAUUUUUGAAGAUUGUGCAGAAUGCCAAAAUUGGCGGGAAUUUUGAAUUCUUAAGUCUCAAAUUGCAAUUUGAGACAUCUUCAGUAAGUAUAUAGCAUUUGUACGACGUAAUUUUGUGGUAUCCACUUUUUUCGACCGAUUUUUGAAAGUUGAACAGAAUGCCAAAAAUGGCGGGAAUUUUGAAUUUUUUAAAGUAUUAUUGCACGGAUUUUGAUGAAAUUUGGCAAGAAUUAAAAUUCAAAGUUUUUAACAUAUAUUCGAAGUUUUCGAAUCACGUUUUGAAAAAAUUACCACGAUUUUUUGGUCAAAAAUGUCGAAAAUGCGACCAUUUUAUCACUUUAGCGCUAAAAAACGGCGCUUCUCCGAAUGCAUAGCUCACGUUGCGUUUUCAGAAAAUGCAAAUGUUCAUCAACGCCUUUCACGGCCAUCCGUUUUGUGGAAGGCAGACUGUGAAGCCGGACGGAUCCUUUGACAUUCAAUGCAGUACUCAAGGAAAGAUCGUCUAUGCAUGGUUGGAGAUGUAAGCAAUCAAAUGACUCGUCGCUACCUUUAAUUUGAAAGACUUUGGGCUCUCUAUAAACCAUAAAUUUUCAGUUACCACGCCUGCGAUGGGGUUUGUCGCAAGUAUUACACUCUGGAUGCCGGCUGGAAAGACGAUUACAAUAUCGUCCUGUCCGAGGACGAUAUGCAAAUUAAAACCAGUGUGUGUCUGACAGACUUGUAUCAGUAA